CCUCACAAAAAUCUCCGUUACUGGCAUAUGACUGAAUUACAUCAAGAUAUCAAGGUAACCAAUCAGAGCCAUUUGUCCAAAGACAAGUCAUUGAAACCGGUGGAUGGUGUGCCUUGGCGAGAGUGGAAAGUCACCAUAGUGGCAGUUGAUAAGGGAAAGGAACAAAAGGGGAAGUUAUCGAAAAUCGUAGACCAUGUUGAGUAUAUAUUGCAUCCGACAUUUGCUACGCCGAGAAAAGUGGUUAAAAAGGAACCUUACACCAUACAAGAAAAAGGAUGGGGCGAGUUUGACUUACGCAUCGUUCUCUAUUUCAAGCAUCAUUGGGCCGAUCCAGAAGCUAUCUCCUUUGAUAUCAACUUUCAAAAACCCCAUUAUUCCAGCAUCCACACACUCGUUUUCAGAGAUCCAGCACCUGAACUGACUCAAUUGUUGUCCAACGGAGAAUACACCGGGCAAGUUAAAGAUGAUGCGACUGAUUUAUCUCCGACUGUCUCCAACACCAUCGUCAAGGACGAAGAUGCAUCUCCAGAGCGAUUAUCGCCUACGCCGUCCUUGGAUUCACCAGGACAACAGCCCUCAUCUCCCUUGUCUGAUUUCCGACCAGUCUCUCCUAUGGCGUCACCAACGUUGCCUGAAAUGCAUCACACAAAUAACACCCUCACAGACUUGUCAAUAUCUACAGAAAUGGAGAAUACUGAGCACGAUGAAAUGAUGCAAAACAGUCAAGAUGAAAAUAUCAUUGGGGAGACGGCAGGAAAUGAGAAAGCGCAAAUAUCUGAUGAUGAGCACAGUGUGGCGGAGAAGCUGAAGAAUCUAGUGCCUGAGAAGCAUGAAAUCCAUGUGCAAGACGAAGUGUACAGCGACAUGGAUUUACAACAUUUAAACCCUGUGCAUAGCAUGGAUAUCGACGACACCACACGGCGCGCAUGGGGAAUACCCAAGAACGUCGACAUGCUGGAGCUGGCCCGCCGACUUAGUAAUAUGACCCAGGAUCAGGCAGAGGCGUUCCACGACAUCAUUCAGGAGAACAGCACAGACGAUAUGAGCAUCGAGGAAACCGAAGGAGAGAUAGUCUUGGAUUUGUAUUCUUUGGGUCCCAAUCUUUUAGAGCUACUUUGGAAAUUUAGUGAAUCCGUCAUUUCUCGGUCUUCCAGUCCCUCAACGUCAUCCGAUUCAGUUACAAGUGUUGACGAAUCUUCAUAAAUACAGAUUUAUUCCACUCGUUGUAAAGAUAGCAUUCAUAAGAUUAAAUCUCGUUCGACACAUACUGAAUUCCUC